UACUACGGCGGCAGCCGCAUCACGGACCCGGAGCAGCUCAAGGACUUCGACAUCGUCGUGACGACCUACGCCGUCCUCGCGUCGGACUACGCGGGCAACACCAAGGAGGCCAAGGCCUGCAUCACGAGCGGCCGCCGCUGGACGCCGCCCCUCGAGCGCCUCGCGUGGUGGCGCGUCGUCCUCGACGAGUCCCACACGAUCAAGGGCGGCACGACGAAGCAGAGCCGCGCGUGCUGCGCGCUCGCGUCGCCGCGGCGCUGGGCCGUGACGGGCACGCCCGCGAACGGAUCCCUCGCGGACCUCGCGGGCCAGUUCAAGUUCGUCGGCGUCGACGCCUUGUCCGACCACGCG